AUGGGGUUGAAAACGACGGCGUUUGGAGGGGAUAGAUUGGAGAAGCUGAGGAGUAAUGGGGUGGUGGCGCGGCGGAGAAUGAGGAUGUGGAUUAUAAGGGCAAUGACAUUGGUUUUACUGUGUACUUGCUUGGUUCAGUUGAUGGCACUGGGAGAGACGUGGGGGCCAAGAGUGUUGAAGGGCUGGCCUUCAUGCUUUUCUCGAGAAUCAGCUGCGGCCGCCACCUUGGAGGUUAAGUCCUCGUUGGAGCUUCCGGACAGAGUUCUGCCUGCGAAGCGGGUCUACAAGAACAAUGGCUACCUGAUGGUUUCGUGCAACGGAGGGCUUAACCAAAUGCGCGCUGCGAUAUGUGACAUGGUUGCAAUUGCAAGAUAUUUGAAUGUUACAUUGAUAGUUCCUGAGCUGGAUAAGACUUCUUUCUGGAAUGACCCUAGUGAAUUUCGUGACAUAUUUGAUGUCGACCAUUUCAUCACAUCCUUGAGAGAUGAAGUUCGGAUAUUGAAGGAGCUACCGCCAAGAGUCAAGAGGAGAGUUGAGCUAGGAAUGGUAUACACGAUGCCCCCCAUUAGUUGGUCGGACAUUUCUUACUAUCAGAAUCAGGUUCUUCCUCUGAUUCAGAAAUAUAAAGUUGUCCAUUUAAAUAGAACGGAUGCUCGCCUUGCCAAUAAUGGUCAGCCCUUGGAGAUUCAGAGGCUUCGCUGCCGAGUAAACUUCAAUGCUUUGAGAUUCACUCCUCAGAUUGAAGAUUUGGGCAGAAAAGUAAUUAAAAUACUUAGGCAAAAUGGUCCUUUCAUGGUACUUCAUCUUAGAUAUGAAAUGGACAUGUUAGCCUUUUCUGGGUGUACUCAGGGCUGCAAUAAGGAGGAGGUGAACGAGUUGACAAGAAUGAGAUAUGCUUACCCGUGGUGGAAAGAGAAGAUCAUAAACUCUGAUUUGAAAAGGAAAGACGGUCUCUGUCCUUUGACUCCUGAGGAAACUGCUCUCACAUUAAGGGCAUUGGACAUUGAUUGCAAUAUCCAGAUUUACAUUGCUGCUGGAGAAAUUUAUGGUGGACAAAGAAGAAUGAAUAGACUUGCAGUAGCUUAUCCAAACUUGGUUCGGAAGGAGACACUAUUGGAAUCUUCAGACCUUAGGUUCUUUCAAAAUCACUCGUCUCAAAUGGCAGCACUCGAUUAUCUUGUUUCGCUGAAGAGUGAUAUCUUUGUUCCCACCUACGAUGGAAAUAUGGCUAAAGUUGUUGAAGGCCAUCGGAGAUAUCUCGGGUACAAGAAAACUAUUUUAUUGGAUAGAAGGCUUUUAGUCAAUCUAAUAGACCAAUAUAAAUCCGGGUCCCUAACUUGGGAUGAGUUUUCUGCUGCGGUUAAAGACAUUCAUGCUGAACGCAUGGGGAACCCAACAGAAAGGUUGGUGAUUCCCGAUAAACCUAAAGAAGAGGAUUAUUUUUAUGCCAACCCGCAGGAGUGUUUGCAACAAUUAGAUGAAAAUGAUCCAUGA